UUAGAGUUUUAUUUUGAAGCCCCCCCGUGUGCGCGGAGCGGAGGCUCAGAGCCGCUGCUGGCCGACACACAGCGCUGUUCUGCGCGGAGCGGAGGGCGGAGAGCCGGGCAAAGCCGAAGCAGCUGGAGCGUUAAACCCGGACUCGGAGCCGAGCGUGCGGGACUCAAGGCGCCUCCGUGUCUGGAGCGGGUCUGGAUUCAUGCUGAUGCCGUGCAGUCCGCUGCGGUCCGGAUCCGUGUAGUUCGGCGGGUCGUGGUGGGGAGGAUGGAGGGGAGGGAGAAGCCCAGACCCGGUCCGGAUUACCUGAUGCAACUCAUGAACGACAAGAAGCUGAUGAGCGGUCUGCCGAACUUCUGCGGAAUCUUCCAGCACCUGGAGAGGCUCCUGGACGAAGAGAUCAGCCGCGUGAGGAAGGACAUGUACACGGACACGCUGAACGGAUCGGAGAAGAGCAGCGAGCUGCCGGACGCUGUCGGCCCAACGGUGCAGCUGCAGGAGAAACUCUACGUCCCCGUGAAGGAGCAUCCCGACUUUAACUUUGUGGGGAGGAUUCUGGGCCCUCGCGGUCUGACAGCGAAGCAGCUGGAGGCUGAAACUGGAUGUAAGAUCAUGGUGAGAGGAAGAGGCUCUAUGAGAGACAAGAAGAAGGAAGACCAGAACAGAGGGAAGCCAAACUGGGAGCACCUGAACGAGGACCUUCAUGUCCUCAUCACGGUGGAAGACGCCCAGAACCGAGCCGACAUCAAACUCAAACGAGCUGUAGAUGAAGUCACCAAGCUGCUCGUGCCUGCUGUGAGUCCCCUGACCUCUGACCUGUGUGUGUUUUUGUGAGGACAAAGGAAGUUCUACAUAUCCAGGCUUUCUUCAAGUUCGCUGGCUCGAUGAACUCUAAAACUUGCUAUUUAUCAACUUUUCCUGUUAAGCCGGGAUCUCUAUUAGCGCCAGGUGCUCUGACCAGAGACAUUAAAGGUCUAUGAUGAUGAUGAAACCUGUAAAGAGGUGAACCCCUCAGAGGUGGAG